GACCAACUCAUCCGUGCUCGUAGGAAUUUUUGACCCAUUUAUGUGCUAACCCAAACACAAACCCGACCCAAAAGGGAUAAUCUCAAUCCUAACCCUGGGACCGAAUCGAAGGUUCCAACUUCCAAACGCACAACUCAAAGACGGGUAAAUCUCCACCGGGAAAUUAAAGGACACACGAAAAAUGAAGACGGAGGAGAGGGAGACGACGGUCGGGCAAGGAAAGGAAACCUACAAUUUGCGUUCCAGGGUGGUUUAUUCCGUCACCUCACCACCACCAGAAGAAGGCCGCCGCCGCCGUAGAUUAUCACAGGUUUCCAAAGUUCUAAAAGAGGAGACAGCUAAAGCCAAACUACCUGAGGAUGAGGAGGUUUCCAAAGCUCAAAAGGUGGAGACAGCUAUAGGCAAAAAACCUGAAGAUGAACCGACAGUGCUCCCUGCCGGAGGUCUUUUUCGCGGACCUCCUCCUCUGACCGGUCAACGUCUUAAGGACCAUCAAAAGGAAAAGCAGCGCGAGCUUCGUGAACAGGCAACAAAAUCCUUGAACUGGUACAAUAAGGGCCGCCAACAGCGUGGGCAGCUUCCCAGAUACAUUCUGGUGAAGACAAUGAAAAUGCAAGCCUUCGCCCUUAAGUGCGGAUUUGUGCACCAUCUCAACUUCAAGGCCCGACCAAAAGACGAGCCUGCUGCUCCUCCAGAGCUCUUUUUUGCUGAAAGGGUGGUUAGUUGGCAUGGAGUGAUAGAUACACGUUGCUACAGCCUGGGGACAAAUUCUCCUGAAACUGGAGGAGGUGAGGAAUGUAAUCUUUGUUACAGGAUUUAUCACCCAAGGGACGUGGAAUUUGUCGGCAGGGCAGACCACCUACAGUGAGCGAGCUAGAUUGCCCUCUCUAAAGUUCUUCAUGAAUCAGUAAGCUGUGCCCAUGGGACUCUGGUGUAUGCCACUUUUAUCAUUAGCAUUAUGUGUCUAUGUGG